AUGACAGCCUUUGAGGAAUUGGGGAUGUUACCUGAACUUGGCAGAGCCGUUGACGAGAUGGAGUGGACGUUGCCAACCGAUAUUCAGUCUGAAGGAAUUCCUGCUAUCCUUGGUGGUGGUGAUGUUCUUAUGGCAGCAGAAACCGGAAGUGGUAAAACGGGUGCAUUUUGUCUUCCAGUUUUGCAAAUCGUGUGGGAAUCAUUACGUGAUUCAAUGUUGGGUAAAACACAUAAAUCAAUUAAUUGGAUUGAUGGAAGGUGGAGUUUAAAUGCGUAUGACAGAGAUGAAAGCCUUGCAAUUGAUUCCAAUGGUUUACUCUGUCAAAGUCGUGAUCCAAAAGCUUGGAAUGGCACUCGCUGCAAUCGUGGUGUUGUUGGAAAAGGAAAAUUUUAUUAUGAGGGAACAGUUACUGAUGAUGGAUUGUGCCGUUUGGGAUGGUCAACUGCUUUUGCUACUCUUGAUUUAGGUACCGAUAAGAAUAGUUUUGGCUACGGUGGUACUGGAAAGAAAAGUUACAACAAGCAGUUUGAUAAUUAUGGGACUUCAUUCACUCUCAGUGACAUCAUUGGUUGUAUGCUGGAUUUAGAUAAUAAAACUAUUGCCUUUUCUAAAAAUGGUAAAUAUCUAGGAAAAGCUUUUGACAUACCACAAACUUUGGUGAAUACCGCGCUUUAUCCGGCUGUAGUUUUAAAGAAUGCUGAAAUCCUGUUCAAUUUUGGCGAGUCCGCUUUCAAACAUCUUCCCGAAGGAUAUUUAGCAGUAUGUAAAGCUCCUCCAGAAAAUCUUGUCACUUCACCUAAUGGUCCAAGUGCUGAAGGACCAAAAAAAGUUGCAGAACCAAAUGCACCUGCCUGUAUUAUAAUUGAACCAACAAAGGAAUUAGCAGAACAGACUAACAAUCAACUGGAGAAAUUCAGAAAAUAUCUUAAAGAACCAACAAUUAGAAAUGCUCUUGUGGUAGGUAGCAUUCCAAUGGCAGAACAAUUAAGAAUUAUCAUGGCGGGCAUUGAUAUAAUUACGUGCACACCAGGAAGAUUGGAAGAUUUUAUUCAAAGUGGAAAAAUCUUGCUGUCAAAUGUUCGAUUUUUCAUUCUUGACGAAGCUGAUUCAUUAGUAUCAGCAAAAAAUCAUCUUCCAACAAUCGAGCGUAUUCAUGCUGCGCUGCCAAAGAUGACAGCUUUGGGAGAACGUCUGCAGAUGAUUGUUUGCUCUGCUACUUUGCAUAAUUUUGAUGUGAAGAAACUUGCUGAUCGUAUGAUGCAUUUUCCGCAGUGGGUAGAUCUAAAAGGACAGGACUCUGUACCAGACACUGUACAUCAUGUUAUUUGCAAAGUUGAUGCAAAAACAGAUCGUAUGUGGAUACGUCUAAGGCCACAAGACAGAAUACAGACUGAUGGAAUGCAUGCAAACGAUGAAAUUCGUCCAGGAAGUGAUUAUGCAGAAACUCUUUCAGAAGGCACUAAAAUUCUGAAGGGAGAAUAUGUACUAAAAGCUAUACGUCAGUGCAAUAUGGAUCAAGGCAUUAUUUUUUGCCGUACGAAGCUUGACUGUGAUAAUCUUGAAAGAUAUCUCAAAUUUAAAGCGCCAGAUUUGACUUGUGUUUGUUUACACGGUGAUCGUCGACCAGACGAACGAACACGAAAUCUUGAUUCUUUUAAGAAAGGAAAAGUGAAAUUCCUUAUUUGUACUGAUGUUGCAGCACGUGGUAUUGAUGUAAAAGGCAUACCGUUCGUUAUCAAUGUGACACUGCCAGAUGAGAAAGCCAACUAUCUUCAUCGUAUUGGUCGUGUAGGUCGAGCUGAAAGGAUGGGACUGGCAAUUUCAUUGGUUUCAGCUCAUCCAGAAAAAGUUUGGUAUCAUAAAUGUUCAUCUCGUGGUAUGAACUGUUUUAACACAGCGUUAACAACACAACGUGGCUGUGCAAUUUGGUAUGACGAACCGAAACUUUUGGAAGAUAUUGAAGAACAUUUAGGAGUGACUAUACAACAAAUUGAUACAGAUUUUAUUGUGCCAGUUGACGAUUUUGAUGGAAAAGUUGUUUACGGAGCAAAGAAAACUAAUCAAGGUCCUCUUUAUGAGGGACAUGCAGUGCAAUUAUCUGGAGCAGUAGCUCAGCUUGCUGACUUAGAACGGUCAUUGCAGUUGUCUUAUUUGCGCAUGUUUAUGCCUCCAGAAAAAGGAAAGAAGGAAAAAUAUUGA